CUUCCCUGACCUCUAAUGCCCCCAGGCUAUUACGGUGCCAGUAAUGAGGCCCUCAUCAUGCAAUCGCUGAUCGACAACGGUCCCGUGGCUGUCAGCUUUGAGGUCUAUGAUGACUUCACGGUGUACUCUGACGGCAUCUACCACCACGACUAUACCCUGGACAGUCUGCAGAGCGGGGAGCUGGAUCCGUUCGAACUGACCAACCAUGUUGUGCUCAUUACUGGGUAUGGUGUCGAAAACGGCGUCAAGUAUUGGAAUGUGAAAAACUCGUGGGGAACAGAAUGGGGCCGCAAUGGAUUCUUCAGGAUUCGCCGUGGAAAUGACGAAUGUGCUAUAGAGAGCAUUGCUGUGGAGGUCAAGGUCAUUUUCUGAGGUCAAGGUCACCUUGGCGCUCUUUGACCUCCAAAGGAGCGCAAAGAUAGUCGUUCAAAGACGAGAGCAAUGUCGCAUAGGUGAUUCAGGAUAACGGUUAUUGUUAAAAAUGUUUAUGAUUGUUUAACUUUGAUAGAAAUUGUUAAAUUAAUUAUGUAAUUCAGGAAUGGUUUCAUCAAGGAAUAGGUACGGUGUUUGUAUACUCGUACGAAUAUGGUGAAUUGUUUUGGAAAAUAUGCAAGAUACGUAAAAUAAAUGGGUCAAUAAUCGCAGUACCAUGAAAACAAUAAAUGUGUACGACAUAAACAAUGUCAGCCUCCAUAGCCA